ACACGCACGUACACACACAGUCCAAAGCCCCAGAAAAAGCCCUGCUGAAUCCUCACACCGUCUGUCAGCAUGGGGAGCGCUUGUUUUUCCCGGGACGUUUGUUUGUUUGUCCUCCUCAUAAAUACGUGCAGGGUGAUGGGGAAUGUCGGACUCGCAGAUACAGACGAGUGCGCAGAGGGUUCAGAUGACUGUCACAUCGACGCUCUCUGCCAGAACACGCCUAAGUCCUACAACUGCAUCUGCAAGCCAGGCUACAAGGGAGAUGGCAAGCAGUGUGAGGACAUGGAUGAGUGUGAGAACGAUUACAAUGGAGGCUGUGUCCAUGAAUGCAUCAAUAUACCAGGAAACUACAGGUGCACCUGUUAUGAUGGAUUCAUGCUGGCCCAUGAUGGACACAACUGUCUAGAUGUGGACGAGUGUCUGGACAACAACGGUGGAUGCCAGCAAGUGUGUGUCAAUACCAUGGGGAGCUAUGAGUGUCACUGCACAGAGGGCUUCUUCCUCAGUGACAACCAGCAUACCUGCAUCCACCGCUCUGAUGAGGGGAUGAACUGCAUGAACAAGGACCACGGCUGCGCCCACAUCUGCAGAGAGGCUCCUGGCAAAGGCGGGGUGUCGUGCGAGUGCCGCCCUGGCUUCGAGUUAGCCAAAAACCAGAAAGAUUGUACAUUGACAUGUAACUAUGGAAAUGGGGGUUGCCAGCACACGUGUGAUGACACAGACACAGGGCCGGUGUGCGGCUGCCAUCAGAAAUAUGCCCUGCACUCAGACAGCAAGACCUGCAUCGAGAAAGAUGAGGCUGCAAUUGAGAGCUCUGAGUUCAAUGCCACGUCAGUAGCUGAUGUGGACAAGCGGGUGAAACGGCGGCUACUUAUGGAAACCUGUGCUGUGAACAAUGGUGGCUGCGACAGAACGUGUAAAGACACAGCCACAGGGGUGCGCUGCAGCUGCCCUGUGGGAUUCACCUUGCAGCCAGAUGGCAAAACCUGCAAAGACAUAGAUGAAUGCCAGGAAAACAACGGAGGCUGUGAUCACUUCUGCCGGAACACAGUGGGCUCCUUCGAAUGCAGCUGUCAGAAAGGUCACAAGCUGCUCACUGAUGAACGAACAUGCCAAGACAUUGAUGAGUGCUCCUUUGAGAGAACCUGUGACCACACCUGCAUCAAUUACCCUGGCAGCUUUGAGUGCUUGUGCAACAAGGGAUACAUCCUGUACGGCCUCACUCACUGUGGAGACAUAGAUGAAUGCAGCAUCAACAGCGGGAGCUGUGAGUAUGGCUGCAUAAACACCCAGGGCAGCUACGAGUGUGUGUGUCCACCUGGACAGAAACUCCACUGGAACAAGAAAGACUGCAUUGGUGAUUGUCAUGGUGAUGCGACUCUGUGUUCCUCAGAGGCGGUGAAAUGUCUGCCCAAUGGAAAGCCAGCACCCCGGGCCCAGCUGACCUGUACCAAAAGUGGAGGGGCAGAGAUCUGCUCACUGUCCUGCCCCUCCAAUGCCCUAUUCCUUGCAGAUUCAGAGAACAGCUACACUCUGAGUUGCGGAGUGCCAGUUCAGCCUGGUAAAGCUCCUCAGAAGAGGAAUGCCACAGCUGCCUUACCCACCUGUGCUGACAUGCUGGUGCCACCCAUCAAACAGAAGGCCAGGUUUAAGAUUAAAGAUGCCAAGUGUCACCUGAGGCCCCGCAACAAAGAGAAACACAGAGAUUCAUCCAGGCAGAACCUGCAAGGAGGCCAGUUCCCCUGCACCGACGACUGCCAGGUAACAUUCGUCAACCUCAAGUGCGACUCAUCAAAGAAGCGCAGACGAGGACGUAAAUCUCCUUCAAAAGAGGUUUCCCACAUCACAGCUGAGUUUGAAAUGGAAAUGAAGGAGGUGGAAGCCUCAGACUCCUGUAAUGUGCACUGUGUGCGAGAGAAGAUGAAGCAGAAGCUACUGAGCACCAUGAGGACGCUCAGGAAAUCCAUCAACAAACAGCAGUUCUACAUCCAUUUCUCUGGGACAGAGUAUGAGGUGGCUCAGAAACCAUCCAAGGUGCCGGAGGGUGCUGAGGCCUGCAGCACUGGACAAGUCCUACGAGACGGAAAGUGUGUGAGCUGCGGUGUGGGGACGUUCUACAGUGGGGAGCAGGAACAGUGUGUCCAGUGUCCACCCGGUACAUACCAGGACAUGGUGGGUCAGCUGUCUUGUGAGCCAUGUCCUAGCACUGAAGGACAGGGUAUCAGUGGAGCCAAGAAUUUGUCUCAGUGUGGAGCUCAAUGCCCAGCAGGUUAUUUUUCUACAGACGGGUUUCGUCCAUGCCAGCCCUGUGCACUGGGCUUCUAUCAGCCUGAACCAGGCCGGGUCCUCUGCUUCCCCUGUGGAGGAGGCCUCAUGACCAAAUAUGAAGGAUCAGUCUCUUUCAGGGACUGUGAGGCCAAAGUGCACUGUGCUCCUGGACAUUACUACAACUCCAGUACACACCGCUGUAUCCGUUGCCCAGCAGGAACGUACCAGUCUGAGUUUGGGCAGAACUACUGCAUCACCUGCCCUGGCAACACCACUACUGACUUUGAUGGUGCCACCAAUGUCUCCCACUGCAAAAACCAGCAGUGUGGAGGUGAGAUUGGAGAGUAUACAGGCUACAUUGAGUCUCCUAACUACCCUGGAGAUUACCCAUCCAAUGUGGACUGUGUCUGGACUAUCAACCCACCACACAAGAGGCGAAUCCUUAUCGUGGUACCAGAGAUCUUCCUCCCCAUCGAGGAUGAGUGUGGAGACGUGUUGGUCAUGAGGAAGAGUGCCCUGCCCACCUCCAUUACCACCUAUGAGACGUGUCAGACCUAUGAGCGGCCCAUUGCUUUCACUUCUCGUUCUCGCAAACUAUGGAUCCAGUUUAAGUCCAAUGAGGGUAACAGUGGCAAAGGCUUCCAAGUUCCAUAUGUUACCUAUGAUGAGGACUACCAGCAGCUGAUAGAGGACAUAGUGCGAGAUGGCAGGCUUUAUGCCUCUGAGAACCACCAGGAGAUAUUGAAGGACAAGAAGCUGAUUAAAGCCCUGUUUGAUGUGCUGGCCCACCCCCAGAACUACUUCAGGUAUUCAGUACAAGAGUCCAAAGAGAUGUUCCCUCGCUCUUUCAUCAAGCUGCUGCGCUCCAAAGUCACCAGGUUCCUAAGGCCGUACAAAUAGACAGGGCCUCUCCACUGUCCUGUUAAAUACCCCAUCAUUCUGCAUCAUUCCAAAUCCAGCACCCCCCCUGGGGUUUUUAUGAGUGGCCGUCUUUAUUUCCUGUAUUUGUCCUAAUCUUAUUUGUCACAUAAUGUCUUUUCUCAUCUUUGAGACCUUUAACUAGUAGUACAUGAUUAACUGACACCCCUUCCUCCACAUAGUGCAGCUUUUUCUAUAAGGUUUGACCGAUAUGUUC